UCGCGGGAGACGUCCAUUCACCCACACCUUCUCAAAAAAAAAAAAACUGUCACAUCUCCAGACGCGCCCGCCGCCCGCUGCCAUGGGACCCACGGAAUCCAACCUCACCCGCCGGCUGCCGCUCGGCUGCCCUCCGGCCUCCGGGCAUCGCCAUCGGAGUGUGCAGGAACCAGGAGGAGGCCGGUAGAGUCCGUGCACCCGGGUCCCACUCCCCUGAGGCCGUCCGUGGCUCCGUGCAAGAUGGGGAUUGCGCAAGGGUGCGAGGUCACCAUCCCCGCGCCUGGUCAUCAGUAUUCAGCAGAAGAAUGAGUUGGUGUCUUUCCGAUCUCAAUGCAUUUCACCGCUCCACCAGAAAUUCCCUCUGCCCCUACCGUACUCCAGUUUAUCUGUUAUAGUGCAACACAAUGAUAAAAUGGUUGGUGAGAUAUAGUUGCUUAAGAUGGCAACAGGGGCGGCACACAUAUAUGCUUUUGUGGGGAAUGGAGGCUUCAAUACUUAGAGAUAAUCAUACUUUAGUUCCUGUUGCAUCAUCUGCAAACAAAUUCCCGUGUUUAGAAAAGGAUAGCUAACUAGAAAUUUGAGCUAAUUUAUCUGCAAAUAGGGUGUUGUUCAUUUCAGUAUGCUAGUUAAUUAAGAUCACACCAUCCUUUUGUACCAUAUUGUAAUAUUGAAGUAAAUAAUCAGCUUGGUCAAAGAUGCUGACACAUCUCAUUUGAAUGAACAUGAUUAUCAACCCUAGUAGUAGUACCCUAUGAUGCUGCCGCACGAUUUGUAACUGUUUUUUUAGCAAGGGCUUGACAUGGUACAAUUUAUUAUAGGUCAGACUUAAACUCUUGCUUCCAGUUUACUCUAAAGUAACCAAAUCACCAUCACUUUCUACAUCAGCAAAUAGAAAAGCAUGGAAUGCACAGGACAUUUUUUUUAGUGAAAUUGCACGGAGCUAUACAUACAUGUGGGCAGACAUCCACUGCAGUUGCAAUGGAGCUUUCACAGCUCUUUUAUAUGAUGUUUGUCUGCAGAGUUUGGUGGCUCACAGCAUAUAUAAAAUGCAAUAUAAGCAUACCGAUAGCCUUGUUAACUCAGUGGUUAAUCUAGUACAAGUUGCCAGCUGAUAGUAAAUUGAUCAAUGGGGAGACAGCCGUGCUGUGACAAGGAGGGGGUGAAGCGAGGGCCAUGGACAGCGGAGGAGGACAAGAAGCUCAUUAGCUUCAUCCUGACACAUGGCCGGUGCUGCUGGCGGGCAGUGCCUAAACUUGCAGGGCUGCUUCGUUGUGGCAAGAGCUGCCGUCUGCGGUGGACUAACUAUCUUCGCCCUGACCUCAAGCGUGGCCUCCUCAGCACUGCCGAGGAGCAGCUUGUCAUUGACCUCCAUGCCAAGCUCGGAAAUAGAUGGUCCCAGAUCGCUGCCAAGUUACCUGGAAGAACAGACAAUGAGAUCAAGAACCACUGGAACACGCACAUCAAGAAGAAGCUUAUCAAGAUGGGCAUCAACCCGGCCACGCACCAGCCUCUAGCCAACUCCAAGGCAGCUCCCUCACACUCCACAGGUACAGACGAAUCCGCUAAAUCCAGCGACACCAGAGAGGAGCUGAGCCUGAAGGAUGACAACCAUCAUAGGGAGGUUCCGCUGUCCACCGAUUCAUCGGAGCAGUCCAGCUGGCCAGAGCCAGGCAGCAACGUCGGCGACCAAGACCCUGAACUGCUGGUGAAUUGGCCGUCGGAGACCGACUUGUCAGUGGACGAGUCUUGGCUGGGUUUUAUGAGCAACGGCAAUGAGCUUGGCGAUGUCGAGGGGACGUCGCCGUGGGACGGAACAACAGACUGGCUGCUGGACUACCAAGAUUUUGGCAUGUGCAGCUCCAACUUGGUGGACGAUUCAAUGUUCCGCGCCUCAAAUGGAUUGAACUUCUAAAUGUCGGAGAAAGGCUGUCCAAUUUCAAGAAAUAGGGAGGAAGACAGACUGCAAGUUUGAGCGCACUGCACAGCUCCCAGUAUAGAAAAUAGAUACAACACUUUCAAGAAUAAGAUUGUGAAAAGAGAGAGAGAGAGGCAUGGGGCAUAUCUUGACCAUAGAAUAGUGAUACCUUGCCCUUAAAAGUAAGGGGUUUGUAUUGUUAGAAACCUAAUGUUUCUCGGUACGAGAAGCUGAAGAACUAGACCCAAAUGUUCGAACCAUGCAAGGCAUCCUAUCCUAUGAACAAAGUUAGGGUGUUGCAGCUUUUCUGUGCAAGCUAAGGCUGUGCUCUGAGCAGUACAACAGCGAGGUUUUAUCUUGAUAUCUCCCUGUUGCUGUCCCUGGCAACUGUGGAGCAAUUACAGAGUUCAGGACAUGUUGUGUUAGAGACUCACACUCACCAUCCUUGUUCCAACAUCAGACUCAUCACACAGGCUUGUGGACUUUGAUGUGCGUAAUGUUAAGCAGUUGCACGGCAGAGACGAAAGGAACACGACUGUACGUGGAUCAGCAAGAGCCUUCCUGGAUUCUGCACGUUGGUCAGUCCAGUUGCGGCGGUUGGUCAGUCCAGUUUUCAUGAGGGCAAAGGUGUGUUCCCUUCUCUGUUCCGUUGCCGUCCAUGUCUGUCCCUGACAAAGAUGCAGGACCUUAAAAGGAGCCAGUGAACCAACCAUCUUCCAAAUCCUGACGUGUUUCUUCCAACUCCGAUGACUGAAAUAAAAUGAAGUGCCAGCAGAAACCAAAGCCUUGUUCGAGAGCUAACUUCCUUCCAAGCUCACCAGGUGGCUUUGUUGCGUCGUAAGCACUGUUGAACUUCUCCACUGCACUGAUGGUGAUGGCAAUAACUUGGCUGACAGGGAGGGAUUCAUGGGGACUAAUCUCCAUGCUAUUCAAAAUUGAAUAGCAAACUGAUUUCUCUCUAUAGAUACUCUCUAUUUUCCUGUCCACCAAACCAGCCCUGAAAGAUUCGGAAACCCCUGUCGUGGAAAGCUUGAGCGCGAGCCUGUUUGUGUGGCGCAGUUUAGGGAAAUUUGGUUUAUAGGACUAAAUUUUAGUACCUAAAUUGCCGAACACAGAUAUUAAAAUAGAGAUAAAAAAUAGAGAGAAUUUCUCUUUUA